UUUCAAAGCUAUGACGAAUCUACGACAACAUGCCAUUUUUCACCAUUAAAUUGCAAAAGUCGAUGGGAUGUCGCAGCAAAUAGUUUUGACGUUAUUUUGUAUUUAUAAUAUGUGAUAUUCAUAUGAAUAGUCAAGGUAAAUGAAAUAAAAUGUUCGAAAAAAUAUUUUCGUAGGGAAUUUCUGUGGCUCGGGGAACCAUUUGUCGAGUUCAUCCAUCAAAAAUUAAUUACUUCGUAUGAAAUAAUUGUGUUUGAUUUAGAAUAAAAAUGUACGAAAAAUAAUUUAAAUGGAAAAAUUCAAGAGAUGCAAAAUGUUCACCGUGUGAUGUCAGUGCUAGUGAGGGAGAAAGAAGAAAAGUAAGAAUGCCGAUUCAGGCGCCACAAUGGACAGAAUUCCUGUCUUGUCCGGUAUGCUGCCACCAGUUUGCAGUAAAACUUCGUCCUCCAAUUAGCUUAGGAUGUGGUCACACCAUAUGUAAAACAUGUUUAGCGAAUUUACAUAGAAAACAAUGCCCAUUUGACCAAGCUGCAAUAAUCACAGAUUUAGAUAAUUUACCAAUAAAUAAUGCACUUUUACAAUUAGUAAGUAAUAACAAUGUAACACAAAAAGAGCAGACAUCCUCGAAUGCAACUGAAACGUGUUUGUCUUCAAAUACCCACGCAUCAUCGCUCGAGAUCGAAAAUAGUUCAUCUUCAGCCGCUGGCGCAGCUGUGAGUGGCACUGAACCUUUAUCUGGCAGUGUUAAAAAACUAACUGCUGACCAAUUAGAAUGCUAUAACAUCUCAAAGAAAUGCAUCGAAGAUUUGGCACUGUAUUUGAAACCGUUCAACAAUGGCAACAUCACAAGUCUGUUAUCUCGGCCAAUGCAGCGGAAAUUGGUGACACUGAUCAAUUGCCAAUUGGUUGAAGCUGAAGGCCGUAGCCGAGCAUUGCGAGCUGCCCGAUCACUUGGCGAACGAACCGUUACUGAGCUCAUUUUACAGCAUCAAAAUCCGCAGCAAUUGAGUGCCAAUCUAUGGGCAGCUGUGCGUGCUCGUGGAUGUCAAUUCUUAGGUCCUGCAAUGCAGGAAGAAGUACUUAAGCUGGUACUGUUGGCACUGGAAGAUGGUUCGGCUCUAUCUCGCAAAGUGUUGGUGAUGUUUGUAGUGCAACGACUUGAGCCGCAUUUUCCCCAAGCGUCAAAAACCAGCAUCGGUCACGUCGUACAGUUGCUGUACCGUGCCAGCUGCUUCAAAGUUUCGAAGCGUGAAGGUGAUUCGUCGCUCAUGCAACUCAAAGAGGAAUUUCGAACAUAUGAUGCACUUCGACGUGAGCACGAUGCUCAGAUUGUUCAAAUUGCUACCGAAGCUGGUCUUCGAAUUGCUCCGGAUCAAUGGUCUGCUCUGUUAUACGGUGACACUGGACAUAAAUCACACAUGCAAAGCAUCAUUGACAAACUUCAAACACCUCAGUCAUUUGCUCAAUCUGUUCAGGAGUUAGUGAUUGCUCUACAGCGCACCAAUGAUCCAGCCAAUUUAGCUGGACUACGAGCUCAUUUGAAACAACUUACAAACAUCGAUCCGACCGCCGAAAAUGAUUCAUGGCAAGAGUUGGCUGCAUCACUAGAAGCAGUCAAGCAAGUUGUUAUCGGUUUGGUUGAAUUUGUCCAACAUCACGGCAAUAGAAAGAUGCAAGACAACAGUUAUGUGGCACAUAAUGGUAAAUAUAAAAUCAGUAUGUGUCGAGAUUUGGCAAUGCGAGCCAUUUGUCCCCGUGGAGCUAGCUGCACGUUCGCCCAUUCUGAGGAAGAAUUGGAAAAAUACAGAGCCAAAAAUCGAAAGCUACACGCCAAGACACCAAUCAUUGCCAGCACCAAUCAUCUCAGCGCAGACCCAGGCGAUUACCUAACCGACCACAGUCACAACAACAACUACACUUAUAUGUCAUCAUCAAAUGAAGAUGUAUCGCCACAAAGACAUAACAACACUGAAAAACUACCUCGUCCAGCUAUGAUAUCAGGUGUGCUGGUCCAACAGCCACAGUUCGAACACGGAAUGUAUAAAAAAUCACCAGUAUCUAUGGUACAGGGUCCCAAUAUAACAGUUUCUGCAAUUUCAAUGGGUAAACCAUCGAUGAACUCUCUGCAACCUUCGACAUCUUUUGAAACAAAAACCCAACGUCGUUCCUUCAAUGCACAACAAAGCCAAAAUUAUUCAAUUUCGCCUAUGAAUAUACCACCGCCACCACCUCCACUGCCUUCAAUUCAGUCACAUAUGUAUGCCGGCAGCAAUCAGGAUAAUCGAUCUCAUUUAGAUUCUAUGAAUCCAAGACAUCAACAAAAAUAUCAACCGAAGAUUCCGAUCAUGUACUCCUCUCCAACGAACUACCCGCAACCGCAUGCAUCUGGCAAAUUUACGAUGAACGAAGCUUAUAAUAAGCCAUAUAUCAAAGCAGGAAUGUCACCGCUCAUGAAAUCACCGCAACAUCCAAGCCAACAACAGACCCAGAAAUAUCACAUGGACAAUAGCAACUGCGUCAACAAUAAAAUAGACCUAAAAUCGAAAUAUCAGCCGAAAAUGCAAUUCACGACUUCAUCAAAUAAUAAUUACCAGUUUUCCGAAUCUUCAAUGUACGACAUUCGAAUGCUUCAAAGCCUGGAGAUUCGACGCCAAGAGAUAAUAGCUAAACUAAAACAAUACGAUAAUCCAAGCUUCAAACAAUCAACGCAACAAGCUGUGAACGGAAACAAUAAUGCAUACCAUAUAUCAAAUCAAGCAGCACCGACAACGAACGAUCAAAGCAAAAAUAAUAAUAGCUCCAAUACCAUCAAUAAUAAUGAGAUCAAUGUGCCACCGCCUUCGAAUCCACAGAUCAAAAAUGAUUUGAUGAACAACUAUUGGAACAAUACAAUUGCUGGCAAUGAGUUUGGCUAUCAAAGUUCCCUUCAACAGCCACAACCGAACAACAGUAGUCGUUCGCCAGUUGAAUUAUCCUAUGCCACACCACCAAUCCUUUGUGAUAGUCAAACCCAAAAAACCAACCCUGACUCUCAUAGUCGUGAUAUAUUCGUGCGAUCGGAUUCAAUUCUAACAGACGACGAUUAUGUUCCAUUUGAUGCACCAGCACAAAGUAAAUUUGGACCUAUUUCACGAAUGUCGGCCAAAACAUCACCAUAUUCAACAGGUUUGUCCGCUGAUAAUUUUACUGCUCCGAAUACGACAACUGUCACAUCGACUUCAUCCGAACCGUCGGUAUGGCUCUACAAUAAUUUACAAAAAUCCUCAAAUCAGUACAACUACCAAUCGAACGAAUUAGAUCCAAUGCUUAACGAAAACAUGGCUAGAGAUGGAUACGGACCAAAUAAUAGCAACGAAGAUGAACAAAACAUACUGACAAUGGAACUGAAGUUUAUCGAACAAAAACUUAUGAGAAGCUCGAAUAUUGCAAUGACGGACUUAAACAAGUUUGCGUCAUCACAAAAUUCAAUCGAUCAAUUCUUAUGGAGUCCAUCAAAUGCUGUUCCAUCACCUAGCAAUCAAUCGAAUUACUUGCUUAUGAAAUCUGAGUUCUGGAAUAAUUCAAAGCAACAGGCAAGUGGUCACAAAGCAGCAAUGCUAUCAAUAGGCCGAAAUGCAAAGAGCGUUCAACCAAUAGUCGACUACAAUCAAAGUGUAUGUGAAGAAACUACAAAUGAAUCGAGUGAUUUAAAUAUUAAAAUAAAAGAAGUCCAUUCGCCGCAUUGUGACCGCAAAGAAGCCAACAUCAGCAGCAGCAGCUGCGGUGGCGGCAAAAGCAGCAACAGUAGCAGUGGCAACACAAAUAAUGUGAAUAUUAUGCAUCUACCAGCGCCAAAGUUUGGCUGUGAUGACACAUACGAAGAUGGAAUAGAUAAAGAUAUGCGUGACUUAGAACGGCGCUUAGAAUCAGAACUGGAAGAACAUGAAAAACUUUGGUCACCCGAAGAAGAAACACCAAUAUCACAAACAUGAAAACACUUAUUUUCCUUAAAUUUUGACUUGUCACCGAUCAAACGUUUCAGCAUUAAUUAACGAAGGUUUGAACUUAAAUUUUACGAAAUGAUUCGAAGAAGAAGCAAAGAGAAAAAAGUAAGAACAAACGAUGCAACUUCAACAAUAACAAUGAUCAAUAAUUUAAACUAAAUCAAGCUACUCAAGACACACGGACGCACGGAAAAAAUGCACGAGAAAUUCUAAAUUAUAGAAAGUAUUGGGCAAUAAAACUCUGAACAGUGCUACACGCUCAAUAUUUUCUGAGAUAUCACAUAAUAUUUGGAGAGAAACUUUUGACAAUUUAGUAUGCGAUCUAAUAUAAUUCAGUGUUUAGGCAAUGUGACAAGAUACAUGAUUUCUAAUAUUCAGAUGAUGUCGGUAUGUAUGAAUUGCGAAUUGAAUGUGUGAAUUUCAGUACAUCUGUUUUACUAUUUUGUUCGUUUUUCGAACUAAAAUAAAGAAAAGAAAAUCCUCACUUUAUGUCCAUACAAGUAUGCAUGCAAGUACGUGCAAAAUAAUAAUUCAGACAAUUCCAAUACACGAGUCAUUCGGGCAAAACGGAAACAGACGAAUAGGCUGAAGCGAGAAGAAGUAAACAAAAAAUAUAUAUUCAUACAUGUAUAUAACAUUUUUUGUCAUCGUUGUCGCCACAAAAUUAUGCUUUACAUGCAUAGAGUGUUAUUGAAUUAGGUUUAUUUCAUUUUGAGAGGAUAUUUUUUUACUGUUACUGUGUAAAAACAUUAUUUGUAUUCAAAUACAAAAUUUACAGGUAUUCACUAAUUGACCAUUUAAAUGAUUUGUAUUUUUCUUUUGGGUAAAUUCCUAAAUCACAUCCAGAUUGAAAACUCAAUAAAUUUCACAAUUAGUAAUUUUUUUCAUUUGGUUUGCUAUCAAUUUUUUGAUAAAGAUUUCAAUCUUAAGCGAUAAAAUUUGUUGUCAAAAGGCCCAAAUCAUUAUGUUUUCAUUUUAUUUCUUUUAAUUGACUGUUUGUAUACUUGAAUUUAUUGGGAAAACAAUUUGCAAAUAUCGAAGAAAUUAAUUUGCUACUCAUUGAAAUUAAUAUUCUGUGUCCAAUUAUUAUUGCUAUAUUUAUAUUUAUAUUUAAUUUGCUUCGCAAAGUUUUUAAUUUCAUUUCAUGGAAUUUUUUGUUGUAUAUCGAAAAUGAAACAGGAGAAAAAUCAAAUCUAAUGAAGAAAAUAUUUAAAUUGUUACGAACAAUUGUCGCCACAGUAAAAAAAAAAACCGAAGAAGAGAAGAAAAGGCAAAAACCCUAUGCAACCCCAAAUAAAAGGAAAACCUGAAGAAAUGCCUAUAAAACCCUCAUUAUUUUUUAUUCUUCUCUUCUUGUUCGUUUCAUUUGUCUUAACCGUGUCUAUUCAUAAAGUAAACAAGAAAAUAACGUUUGCAAACAAUUAAGAUUACAUUAUUAUAUCGAAUGUCUAUAAAAGAAUAUAUUUAUUAAAUAACAUAACAUUUAAAAAAGAAAACAUAUUGUAAUAAAGACACUUGCAUAAGGACUGUUUUAUUCACAUUGAAUAAGAAAAAGUAUAUGGAGACCACAUAACAUACACAUAUACAUACAUAUGAAUAAAAAAGAGUAAUAUAAUACUUUUUCAGAAGAAAAAAAAAUCAUCAAUCAAAUUAGGCAACAUAUUAUAAAUAUAUGCUAUCAUUCAAUAAAUAUGAAAAUUAGCAACAGAA